AGUAGUUCAUGAGACCCAGAAUCAAGAAAUAUCUCUCCAAAAUAUCUGCUCUACUCUUUGCUGUAGACUUUGGACCAAAGAGCCUAUUUUGAUUUGUGGUUGGGGUUAGGCUGGGAAUGCAGCAUUGGCUCACAAGAAUAUGCACCCACCAGGAGCAUACAAGACUGGAACAACCAUCGCAGGGAUAGUGUUCAAGGAUGGUGUUAUCCUUGGCGCGGAUACAAGAGCAACAGAAGACACUGUUGUGGCCGACAAGAACUGUUCAAAGAUUCACUACAUCGCUGAUAAUAUCUAUUGUUGUGGUGCAGGAACAGCUGCUGACACAGAGAUGACCACACAGAUCAUAUCGGCAAACCUUCGCCUUCAUGGUCUAAAUACUGGGAGAGUUCCCCGCGUUGUCACCGCCAACACAAUGCUGAAACAGAAACUGUUCAGAUACCAGGGUUACAUCAGUGCUGCUCUUGUCUUGGGUGGAGUUGACCCCACUGGUCCCCAUCUGUACCAGGUGUAUCCUCAUGGAUCUUCCAAUGAACUACCUUAUGUCACCAUGGGUUCUGGUUCCCUGGCUGCCAUGGCAGUGUUUGAGUCACGCUACAAGGUCAACAUGGAGAAAGCAGAGGCGAUGAAGCUCGUACGUGACGGCAUCGCCGCUGGCAUCUUCAACGAUCUUGGCUCCGGCAGCAACAUUGAUCUCUGUAUCAUAACGAAGGAUAAGGUUGAGUAUCUGCGCCCGUAUGACGAGGCCAAUUUGAAGGGAAAGAGGCAAAAUCUUUACGACUACAAGAAGGGGACGUCAGCCAUUCUGACAGAAAACGUCAAACAAUUAGACUUUGAGAUCUUGAGUACUCAAGUUACUCCUGUUCCCAUGGAAACCUGAAUCGGUGAAGGAGUGUGAGCUUGAAUUGAUAUGUGCUGGAUUGAUGUGAAAUAAAACAAUGGGAUUCUUUUCUAAGGACAGGGAGGAUAAUCUGAGAUGAAUUUCCAAGAACACUUCAUACGAAUGUUGACAAGAAUCUGCCUGUUGUGUGAUUCAUUGGAUGGUGCACAUGAAGGAUCUAGAUAACCUAUCCUUGUUUAAUGUAGGAACAUCAUUUGAUACGAUUGGAACUUUGGAAGAAAACACUUGUCUCAUUCCAAUCUCUUGCAGACCAAGAAGUCAGCUCUUAAAUCACAACUUAGGCACCUCACAACUUAGGCACCUCUCCUCUCUCAACGUUAUUUCGAUGUAAACUCACAUUAACCUCGAAGUUCAAAUACAGAAUUACAUAUUAUCAGACAGGUUGUAACGACGCACAGGUUUCAUGUGUGAUUGAUGUCUUCAUACAUGCCACAACCGCACGAGUCUUUGUGAUUUUUCAAUAAAAUAAUGUGGUUUAAAA